AUGUCUGCCAACGAGAGUUCCUCCAGUACUGUUUAUGGUGAAAUGGCUAUAUUGGUCAUCAACGGCGACUCUUAUACCUUUAUCCCCGAGUGGGAUCACUUCACAACCAUCAAACACCGGCUUCUUGUGAUUAUUCAUGUCGCACGUCAUGUCCUUUCCACGGUGUCUAGUUUUUCCAUCCUCCCAUCAGUCCAAAACAGCACCGUUGAAGGAUUCUGGCCGGAAUUUAUAUUCCAAGGCUCCUGGCAUAUUGAUGCUGUGGAUAAUGUCUAUAGACUGAACAUUCAUAUUCCAAUCAACUCUUCGCCUGCAUGGAUUCAGGGGUAUUCAGAUGAAGGAUAUGAGUCUGAUAAUGAGGUCUAA